UCGCGUGCCUGAAUUUUUUUUUUUUUCAUUUUCUCGGAUGUUCUUCGCAAUAAGAGCAGGAUGACACAAUUCAAUUUGUGUUUUUACUCCCGAUACAAAUCAUCGUCGACUGCGUCAAUUGUCGUCAAUUGUUGACUAUGUCAUGCCGAUAUAAUGUGCGCAAAUAAGUGUCAUUGAUCAAGGGAAGAUAAAACUAUGGCGCGUCCGAAGCACAAAGCAAGCGCGGAUGUAUGCGCUGACUGUGGGACUCUCGAACCAGGAUGGGCGUCGAUAAAUAGAGCUAUUUUGUUAUGUGACGACUGUUGCGGAAUUCAUCGUAGUCUAGGGCGUCAUGUGUCACAUAUUAAGUCGCUGCACAAGAGUGUUUGGAAUACAAAUUUACUGAAUAUGGUGCAUACUUUGAAUGACAAUGGAGCUAAUAGUAUUUGGGAACAUUCUCUGCUGGAUCCUAGCAGCUUGAAAAUUAGUAGAAGGAAACCCCAGGCUAAGGAUCCCUUACAUCCUGUAAAAGCAGAUUUCAUUAAGGCAAAGCAUCAACAUCUGGCAUUUAUAUUACGACCAAGCAAGGAAGAAUGUUGUACCGAGGAGGAACUCAAUAGACAGUUACAUAGUAGUGUUCGUACAAGCAAUUUAGAAACUUCAUUGAGGCUAUUGGCACAAGGCGCUAAUCCCAAUUAUUUUUACAAGGAAAAAGGAACCACACCCUUACAUGUUGCAGCUCGUGCUGGACAAAAUCUGCAGGUAGAACUUUUAAUAGCUAAUGGCGCUGAUCCAAGUGUAAUUGAUCUAAAUGGACAAAUAGCUGCUGAUAUUGCUAAGAUGGCAGGACAUAUAGAUUUAUCCGAACGCAUAAUUGAAUGUAUGUAUGAAGUAACAGAUAGAUUGACAUAUCAUAUAUGCUCUCGUAAGCCAAAUCAUCGAGGUGAUGAACAUCUCAUCAUUUCUGACUUGAAUUCUAGUUUAGACAAAAAUGAGACAGUUUUGGAAGGAAAAAGCAGACUACAAAUGUUAUCGAAUCACUUGUUGGAGGAAUUGGCAAUGGAUGUUUAUGACGAAGUGGAUCGCCGAGAAAUAGAAGCAAUUUGGUUUUCAACUGCAUCUCUCCCAGAGAAGUGUGCUGUUCCAUUUCUGCCAGUUAAUCCACAAUUGUCAUCUACCAGGAAUCAAGGAAGACAGAAAUUAGCAAGAUUCACACCAAAAGAAUUCACUACACUUAUAGCAGAUUUACUGAUUGAGGCAGGACGACGACAUAUGCUUGCUAACAAUGCAUUUCAAAAUCCUGCAAUAUCUAUGCACAAGGAGCAACUUGGUAAACAUGGAUCACAAAUGUCUGAUGAUGAACCUUUGUAUGAUAGUGUUGCAUCCGAUGAUGACUAUACUGCUUUAACAUCUACAGUUAAUACCUCAUCUGAUGUGGCAAAUGAAAUUAAAAUUAAUAAUGAGGAAGCAUUUGCACCAAUGGCCAAAGGUCUUCCAUCUAUGGUAGAAGUUUUAAAAAAACAAUUAACUUUAUCUGAAUCAACUGUACGAGAUCUCCGCGAACAGAUAUAUACCUUACAAAACGCUGUCGAGCAACUCACUCAAGAAAAUAGCGAGCUUAAACGUAUGCUACAGAUAAAAGGUUCCAAUGAAGACAACAUAAACGGACAUGUCGGUGGAGAACAGGAACCCGAAUUAGAGCCAGUGCACGAUAUCAAAACGUCCACUAUACGUGGAAAUCAACGACCAGCAUCUAUGUACGAGACGAGAGAGGGCUUGCGGAAACCAACAUCGUGGUCAACGACUAUUUGUCAAACGAAACGCGAUACAGAGGUCUUAUCGCGGAAUAACACGCAAAGUUUGUGGGAAUAUGGCACGCCUAAUCUACCACCCAGCGAAGAAGUGACCCGACGAACGGAACAAGUCACCAGGCGAAUUCAAGAGCUAUGGAUGGCUAUGCAAGAUCCGAGCCAACGAGAAGCUUUUGUCCCUUGCGCCGAGAGAAUACGCGUUGCUGUUGCUGAGCUAACUGCCAUAUUUCCUCAAAAUCCACUGGAGGAAAAUAUCAAAUCUGCUUUACGUCAGUUAAAUGGCAACACUGGGAGACUUCAAGCGGAAUGCUCCGGUCUUCAAAGAUGCACCAGUGAUACCGAACACAUGGAUCGUUGCUUGCAGCAAGUACGUUCAUGCGCUUACGAUAUUGCCAAAGCAACCAAGCUACUUGUUACGCAGUUUCAAACAUAGUUUCUCUUAGCAGAAAAUAUAUCGGAAUUCUAUAUACAUAUAUAUAUAUAUAUAUAUUUUUACAUGUCUGUAGUAAAUGUAAAUACUUUAACAUAGUACACCAAGCUUAUUAGAAAUUUUUCCUUCCAGACCUUAAUUACAUAAUUAUUGCAAUGCUUUUUAUAUAUUUACUUUUACAAUAAUCCGUUUUUUAUCGUUUUCUGUUAAGUUUAAUAGAUAUGGGAGAAAAGAUUUACACUUCUUUUUUACUUAUUAUUAAAUUAUUUAAUCAAACUAGGUUAAACUAAUAUUCUAAAAUAUCUAAAUACGCGAUUGAAUAAUCUAAUAAGUAAAGCAUGUCAUUAUUUGAGGAUAUAUUUUGUACAAUGAAUACUAUUUAAUAUACCUGACAAAGACUGAAUAACGGCAAACCAAUGAAUUCUAUACAAUUUAAGUUUAUAAGUUUUGUUUAACAUGUGUAUAAAUUUUAUUUAAGCAAAUUAUAGAAAAAGUCUCAUCAAUUAAAUAUUAAAGUAAAACACACAUAAAUGAAAAUGAAGAUAUUAUUUUUUACAUUUGAUGUAUAUUCUAUAAAACAGAGAUAAAGCAAACAAUUGUUUAUAGAUGAUAGCAGUUCAGACAUUGUUAUUAUAUUAUGGAUAUCGGAGAUACAUACUCCUUAGAGAUGCAAGUAUUUCCAAUAUAUUUAGAAUAUAAAAAAAAUAUUUAACUAUUAUAUAAUAGCGAUUUUUUACUUAAAAUGAAAUUUGUAUUAAACGCACAUUUAAAAAAAUUUUUUUAAAUAUCUGAUAUCUACAUUUUUCUGAUCUGUUUAAUUAUGUAAUUAAAAAAUAUGAAUAAAGUUUUUUACAAUGGCUUUAUAUCUUAUCAUUAGUUUACAUAAUAGAAAUACAUAAUAAUAUUAAAGUUUUAUAAUCUAAUCAAAUUUAUUCAUAUUAUUUAAUUGUAUAUUAUUUUUUCAUCUCUUUUUACAUCACAAUUUAAUUUAAAUAAUUGUUUAAUUUAUCCUUAUAUAUCUUACAUUUUUACAAUUUUUGGGUUUUUAUUGGUCAAAUCACUUUAAAAUAAUUAGUGCAAUAUAUUGCUAAUGAAUUAUUACUUAGACAAAUAUAGAAAUAAUUAAGCAUGUUAAACAAAAUAUUUUUAUAUAAAUCUUUUUAAAUUUGUACAAUGAGAUAUAUAUAAUUAUAAAUAUAGCGCAAUGUGUGUGAGAAAAAGGCAUUUUAUAAUGUAUAUCCAUAUAUUUUCAUUACAGACACAUACAUAUUAGUUUAACAAAAGCAUCGUAAUGAAUAACAUAGAUAUAAAUGUGAAAAAAGUAUAUUUUUAUUUUGAGGAAAAAUAUCUAUAUAAAUCCUCGGUUAUAAAAAAGGCAUGUAAAAUCGAUGAUUCGAAAUCCGUAAUAAAAAAAAAUGGAAAUCCGUGAAAUGUA